AUGCCGAUGGAGACGCUGCUGACCCAAGCAUUCACGAUUCGCUCCCAAUGCUACUACCAGCAGGACGGGCGUAAGUGGACCCCGGCGGUGAUGCGGCUGGAGCGCACCACGAAAAACGACAUCCUCGGCCUCGACAUCGACGGUUUUGUCGGCACGUGGAAUAUGGAUGCUUUUAUGGGGUUUAUACAAGGUGGUCCGAGCUACAAGAACUCGCAGGCGUUCACGCUCGUCUUCACCGAUCGCACGCUGCAGCUCGCGUUUGCCAAGGAGAAGGACCUGCUCUCGUGGGUAGAGGUGUUUCGGCGGUUGUAUAAAAAUGGCACCGGCUUCUUCCUCGACCCCGAAGUGUUGUACAAAUCUACAGGCGAGCCGCCGCAAGAAAAACAAAUCAAGGGCACGCAUAUGGCUUUCAUAAAGGGCACCUCGCUGACGGCAAUUCGGUGGAAGAACCGCAAGUUCGAGCUGCACCUGAACCUCUACGAGUUGAGGAUCGCCGAAUUCAGCGAAAAGUGCGCGCGGCUCGAGUUUGACAACCAGUGCCCGGUUUUGCUGCACCUCGAAAGUACGCGCGGGCUACGGAAGACGUUGUUGAAAACGAAGAAAAAGUUCCUGCCCGCCCUCAACAUCACCAAGGCCCCGGGCGCCGAGAAAUCUGGCGGCAGCGUCUUCUCGGCGAUCGCCAGCGUUUGCAGGAAUGCGAAAAGAUUCCGGAAAACAGAGCGCCACGCCCGGCUGCCCAAACACCGCACCUCUACGCCGUUCCAGAGUAUGCUGACCGAAAAUUCGAUGGGAUUAAAAAGCCUGACGGGUCCUCCAGACUUCUCCUACAACGAUACCGAACAGUACGCCGAAAUCCCUGAUAUUACACUCAUUGCCAUGCAGAAU